CUCCCUCCCCUCUUCAUAACCAUAAUCCAUCCCUUCUCUUUAGCUACUACCACUGCCUCUUUCCUCGUCUACUUUGAGCUUUCCAGUUCACUAGUACUAACAAUAUUAUUCUCUUGCAGCACCCACAUGUAUCAUCCUACCUACAGUAAAAUACAUUACCUAAUCAUAUAUAAUUAUAUUCUUUCUUGAAUUAAUCCCUCCCGCUCAAAUAUAUAUCUGCGGAGUAGGAGUACUAUAUUCUCCCUUAAUUUCUAGCCAGCUUGCUAAUGCUUAUAUAAUUACCUUGACUGUAUAGAUAGAUAGAUUCCUAGGAUCGAUUUAUUCAGCAAUAUAUAGAAGAUGAGGAUGAUGAUAGAUUUGGGCAACCAAAGAGGUAUGGUCCCUAUAAUGGACACCCCGACCUCCGUAGAUUGUGGUAGGGAAGUGAGGUUCCGCAGGUCCUUCAGGUCUCUUGUGGAAUGUAUGGUCCCUGCCUGUUGUGGCUUUCAAGCAUCCGCAGAUUCCCUUGCCAGUGAUACCGACGAACGAUACACAUCAUCACCACCUUCCAUCACCACCACCACCGUAACAGGCACCUUUUUCGGUUACAGGAAAGGUCGGGUGAGUUUUUGCCUCCAAGACGACACGCGUAGCUCUCCUCUCUUACUGCUAGAAUUCGCAGUGCCCACAGCCUACCUUGCAAAGGAGAUGCAGCACGGGUUGCUCCGCAUAGCACUGGAGUGCUGCCACCCAAGGCAAAAUGAUUCCCAAAAGGAGCGCUGCUCUCUCCUUGAAGUGCCAGUUUGGUCCAUGUACUGCAAUGGAAGGAAGGUUGGUUUUGCUAUUCGGAGGAAGAUGAGUGUGAGCGAUGUGGCUGUACUCAAACUCAUGCAGUCUGUCUCAGUAGGUGCUGGUGUUUUGCCAUUGGCAGCCAGGGAGGCAGGGGACCUCCUCAUGUACUUGAGAGCCAGUUUCGAUCGAGUUGUUGGCUCUGCUGAUUCCGAGUCCUUUCACAUGAUUAAUCCUGUUGGCAGUUCUGGACAAGAACUCUCUAUAUUUCUCCUGCGAUCACGACAAUAGAAUCUAUAUAUCCAGUAUCAAUUAAUUUCUACCAUGCAUAUUGGAUUUUACUCUCCAUAUAGUGCAUAUAAAUUAUUAUUAUUAUUUAGGAUUUGUAUUUCUGUAAAUUAUGAUGAUCAAUUGCCUUAAUGUAGUCCUUACUCGAUUGGUAGCUAGCUAGCUCUAGUUAAUUAGUUUAUGCUGGAGGGAGUAUCAACUGCACUGUACUGUGAUAUGUAUAAACCUCUCGCUAAUUAAAUCCCAUCCAGUUAGUGCA